ACGGAUCCCACGUGACUGUGCUAGCGGGCGAGGGGGUGAGACGGGGUCCGUAUUUGGCAUGGCCGUGCGUGUGGAGCCGCGUGACUAGGGCGUGUGUGUUCGCGAGUGUGUGUUGCUGGUCCGCCUGCAUGUGUGUGUGUAAAUCUGUGGCAGUGUGCUAAAACCACUAUUACGUCUAAUUCUGUCCGGUUUAGAAAGGUUAAAACAUCGCGUACGGGAAGGUUAAAAUGUUUAUAUAAAAGGCAGGUGACGUGGGGAGAGCGACGCAGACACUAUUGAAAGCGCGGUUGUCACCGUGACGAUGGAGGCGGCUAGGCUGGAGGAGCGCCGGCACCGGGAGAGCAACGAUGGCUCGUACCGGGAUGACGAGGCGCACAAGCAGCAGCGUCGGCGGUGGGCUGCCGCCGACGCGGAGAAGGAUUCUGGGUUCUCGGACACGAGCUCCGAUUGCAGGAGUGUGGUGCGCCGGGUCAUCCCGGACAGCGCCACCGACCCCACCGUCGCCCCAUCACCGGCCCCACCGCCUGCUCCACCACCCACUACCCAGGAGGGUCCCUUUCAGCCGGCAACUCCUACCCAGGCCUUCCCUGGCUUUAUCCAGCCCUUCUACAUUGUGGGCUAUGGGCAGGGUUUGAUGGGGACGCAGUUGAUUUCGGCACCACUGCAGUCCUGUUGGCCCCAGCCCCUGGGCAUUGCGGCUGCACCGCCCGCACCCCAGUUCCUCUUCAUCCAGCCGCAGCUGGCUGCCACCCCUUCAGCGGGAAGCUGCGCGGCCGAGCCCACUGCUGCCGGUAUCAACGGAGGUGACUGCAGCGGCAAGCGUGCCGGCGCAGCCCGUCCCCUCCGCCCACCGACAAUCUACCCCAAGAUCGCGCCGUACCCGCAGAGGAGGAUCGAGGACGCGGCACCGACGGGCGGGGGCCAGCUCCCCUCCGGUCCGGCGGUCGAGAGGGAUGACGUCAGCGCGGCCGCGUCGUCGCCGCUCGCCUUCAGUGGCUGCGCGGUGCCGUCGAGGAGAGUGGCGCGCAGCAGCUGCGAGCAGACGCUGUCGCCGGCGCUGGGGGUGGCGCCCUCAUCGGAGCAGCCUAACGCCACUGCCGUUGCCCAUGUGCCAACGGCACAGGCCUCUCCCAUACAUGCCGUACCCGUGGGCUCCCCGACGCCAACCCAGACCGCGGGCGUCGGCGCCCUGCUGCUGCCCUCGCCACUCCGGCUUCCUCCGUCACCGUCAGCAGCUGGCGACAGCUACGACCACACCGAUGAUGUUGACGACGACGAUGACGCCGGUGAUCACGAGUGGCCAGGCCGCGCUGCCGCUUCGCCAAAGGCGCGGAACGGGCAGAGCCAGCGGCGGCACCGCCACUCGGCGCCCAACUGGCGGCAACACGAUUUGCGCUUCCGUAACACAGUGGAGAUCCUGAACAGCUCUGGGCUCAUGGAGGCUACACUGCGCUUCAAGACCCUGCUGCAGCAGAGCGCGGCCACGCGGCGCGACAUCCAGCAGCUGAGAGAGCACGCGCGCCUCUUCUGCGAGGCGGCCAGGGUGGGCGAUCCAGGGGCGUGCUUGCGCGUGCAGGAGGCCAUGCUGCGCUCGGGAGCCUACCCGGGGCUCAGCUCGCUCGUUCAGACCUAGAGCGUGGUGGCGGCGGUGGUGGUGGGUAGUGGGCACGCUGAAAGACGGUGUUUAGUUGGGGAAGGCGCUCGCCGUCGCGUCAUGAACAAAGAAGGGUCACUUAAACGCGAUGUAUCUCUGUUGAAAUUUGCGGUUGUGAAAUGUGAAGACUGACUUUUUUUUUGGCGACGUCGCCAAUUGAUGAAGAUCCGAUUCAUGUUGAGCGAUUAACGGUAAAUUGAACAAGGAACGUAAAUCGCGUUUUUAGGCAGAGAGAAGGCUGAUGUGGGUUUCAGAGCUCAGUUGUGCGGGUUAUAAAGGGGCGAUGAUGGGCAUGGCGUAUGGCAUCGUCACAAUGAAAUUCAAUUCUCAUGGCGAGAUGAAGCGAGGAGGGUGGGUAACAUGAGUGGGUGUUGAUGGGAAAUGGAGACAUUUAGGCAGGGCAAGCUGCCUAUCUCGGUUUAAACGAUCGCUCGCAAAUUAUACACGCGACAGUGGGGGGUCUGUGACAGCGGCAUUGAAUGGGACGUCCCGUAAAAGACAAAGGUGAUUGAAAAGCACGUAGCCUCUACGAAGGCUAUAAUCCUUUUGGUGUGCUGUGGAAAUUUCUAAUAGGGUAAGGCUCGACAAUUAGCCGAGCAGUAGCUCACCUGUAGUGGGAUAAGAUAGCACUGCUCCCACCAUACCCGAGCCACUUUGCCAGCGUGGAAGUGUGGGCCCCAUUACCCUCUAGAGGGAGGGGCGCCUCUAGAGUUAUCCUGGUAGUUUGAGGGUCUUCCGCCAACAGUGGCAUGAGCACAGCACAAAAAAAUCGCAGGGCUUUGCCUUUUUACCGAUGGCUCGAAAAAGCCAUUGACGCUUCCUGGGAAUCUAUUGGGGUUUUUCUUCCCCCCCCCCCCCCCCCAUACGUUUUAAAUAUCAUCAGCUGACAGAAAACUCAAAGGCGUAGACAUUGUGCCAUACAGGGAUGGUCGCUGAAAUGGCAGAUGGAUCGGACGUUCAAAGGCGAAUAAUAAACACGAUAACCAUCCGAUCCUUAACAUAAAGGUGUUUGUUUUUUUCAAUUUGCUAAAUGUUUAGCUUGAAAGUUUCCGCGUGUGCAGUUCAGUUUUUCACGUUGUUAAAGGCGGGGUAGAAUAUUCUGUGCUGAUUACUCUGACGGUUCGUCGUGUGAAUUGAGGAGACGUUUGAAAUCAAAGCGGAGGAAGAUUGACGCUACUAUGGGCAGGCGUCAGGUGCGAAUAUUUAAUGUCGCUUUAAACGCAGUGGCUGUCGCAGCGAUGGGCUGCAGUCUCAGAGGAAAAUCUUAGUGGCUUCGGGGGGUGGGUGGAGGUGGAGAGGGCAGAGGUAGGCUGACAUGGCUUAGUUUCUCGCUGAAUGUCUCAGGUCAAUAGUAGACCUGGAGUAGACACGUGACUAGUAUCCACAGCCAGAGCGAGAGGUACACUGGAUGUAGAAUGCCAGGUGCAGAGAUUUUCCAGGUCGAUGACCGGACCCAGCUGAUAUUAAACCUUGGAGGCCGGAAUUAACCCAAUUGCAAUUCCAGUCAUGCCAGCAACCCUGGCACUUAUUCAGUUCCCCCCCCCCCCCAAUCAGGUCUGAUACGCUGAAUGUCAGAGCCUAAAAUGUUAAUGUUGUUUUCUCCCCCCCCCCACCCCACGUGCUUGAGCCAAUCGGUUUCAUUGAACACGAACGUACGUGUGUGGGGGAUACUCGUGAUCGUCAUUUAGAGAUAACAAAAAAAACGAUGAAUUUUCAUCACAGGGCAUUCAGUCGCGCUAAGCACUUAGAGGCUUUUGAAGUGAAAAGGCCACGAACAAGUCGCCAUGGUAUAUUAUUGUGGGGACCGGACCGCCGAAGACACCAUGCUCUAUGACAGCGGAAGCCGCACAGCAUUCCUCUUGUGGUAUUCUAAAAACAUCUCCACCGUAGGGGGGGUGGUGGUGAGCCCCCCCCCCCCCCCACGGGUGUUUUUAAUCUGAAGGUUUGGGCGACAUGAGCAGCGUUACACGCUGGGAGAAGGCUUUAAGGGGGGGGAUGAAUCGCCGUUCCGUCGCAGAAAAUGAACCAUUGUAAGCCUUCAAGCGGAACGGUGCCUUCCUUUCCCAGUCCGGAGGGAGAGAAGGGAUAUUAGAGUGCAUGAGGCUUAGCCAAUGCGAGCUAGUGAGGUGGGUCUUGCAAGAAACUUGGACGGCCGGGAACGCAUCCAGACGGCGCUGUGUUUCGAUAUCUUUUACCCUUGGGGAAACCAGAACAGAACAGACCUCCUUCCCCUCUUCCUGCCCUUACAAAGACAAAGACCUUCCGAAAUGGCCUGCACACACUGGUAGAGUAAGUGCCCUCAGCGGGCACACACGCACGAAAUGGUCAACCCUUGCGGCAGGGCCGCACUCCAAUGCAAACAAAGGAUACGUAGGUUACCAUAAAAAAGUAUGCCCUGAGCAACGGUUUGAUUCAUGCUACCGUAAUAAUCCACAUAAAUGCCUAUUACACUUAAACAUAUAAACAAAGUAUUAUAAAUAAUGAAACUAAACGAUAAUGUGAAUAAACAGUCCUAUUUUUAAUGAUAAAACUCAUUUAUAUAUUUUUUCCCCGUAUGUCCACUGGAGCUUUGGGCCCUGGAUAAUUGUUCCUUGAGUUACCCCACAGCCCCCUCCGCCCCCACCGCCCUCACCACCCCCAACCCUAAAUCCGACCCUGCGUUUCAGGAUUAUGAUUGUCCUGCAUUUAAUAUUCCUUACAUUUUACUUAAGCCGGACUGCGAGGGGGGGGGCAAGGUGAAUUGCUCGUUUAUAACGAGUUUUUUUCUUCAUUUAAAAGGCUGCCGUGCGACGUCGCUUUUAAAAAUCGGUAGCCGUUAUCGAUGCGUAGAAAUGCACACGUGUCAGCAGGUCAUGCGUAGAAAGGAGGCUCUGGCAACUUCACUUAUUCUUUAAAUAAGCAUUUAUUACUCGCGCAAUGCGGUGUAUGCAUCAAGUCAAACACACGUUUACCUAUCGAUGAGAACUUGACGCGCGCGCGCGCACACACACACACACGUGUGCAGAACACGUAUGUAACCGGGCCAGAGGUGAACUGUGGAGUAAGUACUGGUGAAUUCAGUCGCAAUGUGAAAAGAAUAACUAGUAAUAAGCAAACACCACAAUCUUGUGCCAGUGCUGUCACCAUGUUCAUGUUAGGCCACAUCAUACUUGGCAUAUUGUGUGUGUUGUGAAAACUUUGACUUAUGCCCAUUAAUUAAAGGCAUUGCAAUGGU